GAAGCAAAUUAGAGAGAGAAAGUAAGAAGAAGAAAUCCUGAUUCCCCACAAUAGUCUGUACUGAGUGUCCUGAGUCCUCACUGAUGGACAAAUCUGGCACACCAAUAAUGCUUAAUAGGAAUGGGGACCUUUUCCAUACCAGACAACUCUACCUUUCUCUUCCUACUCUCUCUUUCUCUCUUCUUCUUCUUCCACCUACUCUUUCAGACCUUCCCUAAUAUAUCUCUUCUUCCUCCUUCUCUUCUCCCUAUUAAUUAAUUAACUCUUUUUUUUUUUCUCUUUUAAAAUAAAAAAACAAAUCAUUUUUUUCCAUUUCUGUUUGCAUUUUCCAAUGCUACUACAUCUAAAUUAAACUAAAUUUUUUACUUUUAAUUUUAAUCUUGGGACUCCAUCAUUUAUUACUACUCUUUUAUAUGAAUGUUUGUUUUCUUUUUUAAAAAAUAAAUAAAUUAGAGAGUGUAAUCAUAAGAAGAUUUGUUAUUUAUUGCAAAUUUGUACUUUUGAGUUCACCAAACUUUUGGGUUUUGCUAUUAUGGAGAAGCUCCGAGGACCCAUUAAUCCUUGUUUGAUUGCAGAAGAUUUGGAAGUGGGUUGGUUAGAAGAAUUCAUAAACACCACAGGAAAUCUCAAAUUUGAAGAUAACCCUUAUAAAUAUAAUCUUGAAGAAUGCAAUUAUGGAGAUAAUAAUAAUGCAGAUUAUUUUCAUAAUAAUAAUUUUCCAAAUUUAGAAGAUAAAAUCCCAUUUUUACAAAUGUUACAAAGUGUUGAAAUUCCCCAACAACAAGAAGAACCAAAUUUCCAGCUUCUUUUAAGAUUACAACAACACCAGAAAUUGAUGGGUUAUACUGAAAUUGAGAUUAAUCAUGGGGUUAAUGAUGGGUUAAUCAUGGAUUUGCCUGUGAUUAAAUCAGAAAAUGAUGGGAUUAAUCAAGUUAUUAUGGAAGAAACAAAGAAAUUUAAAAUUAAGAGAAAUAAUUUGGGGAAGAAUAAUAAUAAUAAUAAUGGUGCUAAUGGUGGUGUAAUUAAAGAAAAAAGGAAAAGAAAAAGAACAGUAAAACCAGCAAAAAAUAAACAAGAAGUGGAAAAUCAAAGAAUGACUCAUAUUGCCGUUGAAAGGAAUCGAAGAAGACAAAUGAAUGAACAUCUUAAUGCUCUUCGUUCUCUCAUGCCACCUUCCUAUGUUCAAAGGGGUGACCAAGCAUCAAUAAUAGGAGGAGCAAUAGAUUUUGUGAAGGAAUUAGAGCAAAUGCUUCAAUCUCUAGAAGCAAAGAAAAAAAUAAGACAAUAUGAAGAAAACGGCGACGUUUCAAUGACUUCAACAUCUACAUCUCCUUCCUCAAACAUGCAUUUAAACAACAAUGGAUUUAUGGCAUCCCCAUCAUCAUCAUCAUCAUCUCAAUUUCAAUUAAGGAAUCAAUUCCAUUCCCAAGAAGAAAUGAAAGGGAAUGGGAAUGUAGGGGAGGGAAUGGUAAUGAGGAAAAGUAAUAAUACAAAUGAGGAGUUUAGUGCAGAAAGGAAGUCAGCUUUAGCAGAUAUAGAAGUUGUGGUAAUUCAAAAUCAUGUCAAUUUAAAAAUAAAAUGUGAAAGAAGACAUGGUCAACUCCUUAAAGCUAUUGUUGCUUUUGAAGAACUUAGGCUCAAUGUUCUUCAUCUCAAUAUCACUUCAUUGCAUAAUUUGGUCCACUACUCUUUCAACCUAAAGAUUGAAGAAGAUUGUAAACUAGGAUCAGCAGAUGAGGUAGCAAGGGCAGUCCACCAAAUAUUCAGCUUGAUCAACCUCAGUCCUCAGCUAAAUUAGGUCAAUGAAAAAAUCUUUAGAUUUUAGUGUGAUUUGUUUUUUAAGGCAUAUAGUAUAGAGUAGUUUAGAGAAGUAGAAAAGGAGAAAUUAAAAAAAAGAGGAGAACAAAAUUAUAUGAAGUAUAUAAAUUAUAUUUUGACUCCUCAAAAUAUCACAUGGCUUCUACUAUAAAAACACAUAAAGAAGAAGCAUAUGAUGUUUUUACUCCUACUUGUUUAGGAUCAAGUUAAUGUUCUCCAUGUAUUGCACAAAAUAAUUUUUUUAUUUCUUUUCCUUUGAUUUAUCUUGUAUUCUAAGUUUAUUAUAAUUGUAGAGCUGGUUAACUGUA